GAAGGGGGAGGAAGGGGGAGUUACGGGGAGUUACGGGGAGUUACGGGGAGUUACGGGGCGCGGUGAGCGACCGAGCAACGUCCAUUUACUACGCAGCUGCCGGGGUGAAUGGUACUCAUCACAAUUUCACUGAGCCAUCUGGACGAAAAUAAAAAUAUUGACAGAUACGCCAUGAUUGGAAGUCUGUGCUACAGUUUCUUCUCGUCUACUUACAUGCCGCGUUACGCCGCUGGUGGUAGCCAUGGACCGUGGCAGCCUCGUGUAGGCAUGACACAUUUGUUGAGUUCCAUCCAGCUUCCGAGUAUCAUGGCUGCCGAGCAUUAG